GGCUGUCGAUAGAUUUUCUUUCCUCUCCUUGAUCGGUUCUGAUUCUGGUUGGAGGGAGGGUUUCCAAAGCUCUUCAACGGGAGGCGGGAGCUUGAAAACGCAAAGGGUGGUCUUCUUCUCCGCUCUCCGGCGGCCCAAAACAGAAGAAAGAAGUAAAGAAGAAAAGCGGGAAACUGAGGUUAAGUAAAGAUAGAGCACACUGGACAUGCUAAUUUCUUGACUUGGGUUUAUUUUUGACGGAAUUUCUCAAUGGCAUUGUUAUUUAAGGAUCCCAGCAAGCUUUCAGCAUAUCGGGAUAGAAGAUUUCCUGGUUCACAAGAAGAAUUUGAACAUGCGCUACAGACUUCUACAACUGUUUAUGUUGGGAAUAUGUCCUUCUACACAACGGAAGAGCAAGUUUAUGAAUUAUUUUCUCGAGCUGGAGAGAUCAAAAAAAUAAUCAUGGGUUUGGAUAAGAACACCAAAACCCCAUGUGGUUUUUGCUUUGUCAUAUACUACUCUAGGGGUGAUGCUGAGGAUACCGUUAAAUACGUAAGCGGGACAAUUCUUGAUGAUCGUCCAAUUCGUGUUGAUUUUGACUGGGGAUUCCAAGAAGGAAGGCAAUGGGGUCGUGGUCGAAGUGGUGGACAGGUGCGAGAUGAAUAUCGUACUGAUUAUGAUCCUGGUAGAGGUGGUUAUGGAAAAUUGGUCCAGAGAGAACUGGAAGCACAGAGGCAGCUAGUAGAUUAUGGUGCAGGUUCUUUGGGUGCUUUCCCACCUGUUAUGCCAUCUCAUUAUGCUAGACAUGGUGGUCAGGGGCAUGGGGGUUCCCAUAGACAUGGUAGAGAUUACCAUCGCAAGCGCUACCGGGAAGAUGAUCGCCAUGCAUCAGAUGUCUCAAAAAGAAGUUCUGAUCAUGAAUCCCGGCGAGCCUCUGAUCAUGAGUCCAGGCCGGAAAAGAACCCACGUUUUCGGGAGAGUGGGGAUUCUGAUGAUGAGGAUGAAGAUGACCGAAAGAGAAGGCCUUAACUUCACUGUUGUAGUGUUGACACUGCCUUAUUGGUCAACAACCAUGAAGCAUUGGUCGAUCUUCGAUGAAAUCUACCUGUGAGGGUUAAAUCCAUGAAGCAAGAACCUGCAUUUAUCAAAGCAUUGUUGCCCAUCCAGUAAUGUGAAGAUAGGACUGAACAAUUUUAUCUUGCAAUAGCUUUGAUUCUUGGAAGCAGUAGAUAUCUUCAUAUCUAAUAUGUUUGUUAUUACUCUUUACACCCAAAGGACUCAAAUGCAAAGAGAAUUUUUAUUUAUCCUGAUUAGCAUGUUUGUUACUUGACAUGGCUUUCACGGUUUUACUUUCAAAUACAGAGCUUUCCUUUGAA